UAAUCUAUUUGACAUUUAGGCUGCAACAACAACAUUUGGAAAAAUUCAAGGAAUGUGAAUACUUUAAGACAUUGUAAUAUAAUACUUUCAGACGGCUUUACUGACAAUACAUCUGUCCACAGCAUCGAUCAGAAGGGCAAAUUCUAACUUUUUAUAUACCAGUAAUCUGAAAUCAAGCCAUAUCAGGCCCAUCCUUAAGGACCUGCCAAUUGAAUACUUAUCUAAAAUAAUUUGUCCCGUUUUUAACAGGACCGGGGUAAUCCUAUUAUUAAUGUCCAUCUUUUUUUAAAUUAAACUACAAAAUACAUAGAUAUCCAUUGUACAAACUAUAUUGUAUUUAUUUUGGAGGGGAUGUCAGCAUGGGUGAAAAUUGGGACUUGUGUGUGGGUGAUAUGUUGUCUGACGUUUGUGAACAAUUGUGUCAAUAACUUAACUGAUUCUGCGCAGUACCUGUAACGUUACCUUAGGGAAGACGGGAUGACCAAACUGACUUUUUAACCAAUUACAUUCGAGUUUAUUGUUAGGCACAAAAGGCGCGAUGUUACCAAGACGACUGGAAGCAAAACAAAUGGAGCAAAGUAGUAGAUGAAGAAGUUUAUAACAUUUUUGCCUGGUAAAACACAAAUCAACGAGAGGCUUGCAACAGCUCCACGCAAUAAUGGCUUCAAUGAGCCAGUGGCGCAACAUGAAGCACAGUCAGCAGCAGAGGGUGAUCUCGGAAUUUCGACGGCAGGAGGAGCAACGAGAAGACCAGAUAAAACGCAUCACUAAGGACAGACAAAUGCAAGCCAAUCUAAUGAGUGAGGAGAGACUUGAAAAGAAGCGAUACCUACACAAGGUGCAAGACGAGCUGCACGAAAGCCAAAUUGAGGAUGCUCUCAUCAAGGCAGAGGAGGAGAGAAUAUACAAGGAAAAGCAACUGCAACAAGAGGAGAGAAUGGCACAAGAACUGGCCCGCAUCAGCUAUGAAAAGCUUAGAGAUGAAAAAAUGAGGCAAUAUAUAAAAGAGAACAGUGUUGAACUCCGUGAGCUGGAGGGGCAGCUCAAGUCUGCAUACCUAAACCGGGAGAGGGCCGCACAGAUUGCUGAAAAGGAGUCUAUGAGAUAUGAGACAGUGCGUCAGGAGGCUGAUAUUGCUCGUAAGAUGAAGAGCGAGCAUGAGCGGGCCUCUAUGGAGCAGGAGAAGCAAGAAUAUAAGCGCUACAAGGAGGUGGUGCAGUACCAGCAGGAGCUGGAACAGCAGCUGGAGGAGAAAGAGCACAAGAGACAGGAGGCUUAUGAGGAGUUCCUCAAGGAGAAACUCAUGGUUGACGAAAUUGUCAGGAAGAUCUAUGAGGAAGAUCAAAUGGAGAGGCAGUUAAGACUGGAAAAGAUAACAGCCACUCAAAGGUACAUAGAGGAGUUCAAGAGCCAGCAGACUGAGUGGAGACUGAUGGAGCGGGAGAAGAUGGAGGCUGAGAACAGACGCAUCCUGGAAUUUGCCAGUUACCAGCAGCAUAAGGAGAAGAGCAGAAUGGAGAAAGUCAGAGAACGAGAGCAGGCAAAAGAACAUCUUCACCAGAUGCUCACUGAGAAGAUUGAAAUGGAGAGGCAGCAGCGUGACGAGAUGGAGCGUGUUCGUGAAGAGCUUUGUCUGGAGGAGCAAGCCGAAGCUGCAAGGCAGAAACAAAUCGAAGAUAUGGAGAAGAGAAUCAGACAGAGGCUGGAGUUGCAGCAGACCUGCCAAGAGCAAAUAGCCUUCAAGGAAAUGCGGAGGCAGGCUGAGAAGGUGGAGGAGGAGGCCUUCAGGCAGAUGAUGAUGGCCAAGUUUGCUGAGGAUGACCGCAUAGAGCAGAUGAAUGCCCAGAAACGUCGCAUGAAGCAGCUUGAGCACAAGAGGGCUGUGGAGAAACUGCUGGAGGACAGGAGACAGCAGUACCUGGCUGACAAGGAACGUGAGGCUGAAGAAAGAGCAAUGGAACAGGAGAGGGAGACACUGCGUCGACAGAUCAUUGAGGAGGAAAGGCAAAGCCUUCUCAAACUCCAUGCCACAAAACUUCUGGGCUAUCUACCUAAGGGCAUAUUCCGGGAAGAUGACCUUGAACACUUUGAUGAGGACUUCAGAAGCAAUUUCCAAAAGCGACAGGCUGACAUCUUUGAUGAAGAGGGCUGGGGAGAUGAUGAAUAACCACUUUCUAUACUACACCACUAGAUGGCAUUAUUGGGUAGAUGCUGUCUAGUGUGUCUGUGUGUAUCAAAUGGUGGAUUUCUUAUGGCGAUGGUGUAUUCAAAUGUAUUAAGUUGCAAAGACUAAUUUGUAUCCCACUAGCUGCAUAUCCCACACCUUAAAUCCUAUCAUGGAGGUGCAGCAAUUUUCAGUUGAAGUCAUUUGGUAAUAAACAAAAACUACACCAUUUCCUUUAUUAGGUGAUAAUGCAACUACAGUUUAAAUUGAUUUAACCCAUUAUUGUAAUAAAAUGCUAAACUUUUAAAAUACAA